AUAUGAAGGGUAGGGUGAGGCAGGAAACCACGACACGCCUUUGUUGGGACUUGUAUAAGAGCACAGGAAUAGAAAAGCAAAAGAAGGGCGAGAAUAAAACAGGAUAAAUAAAGAAGAGGUGAACAUUUUUGGAUGAUCGCUCGGGUUCCACACACCUUUGGAAGGACAUGAUAUAAAGUGUAGGUGGCAAAUUUUUGGUAGAAGGGAAGCAGUUAAGGAGAAAAAAAGAUUUUCAUUUCAGUAACCAAAGCAAUCCAGGUGGCAAUGAUAUGGAUUCUAUAACAAAGAAAACGAGGCAAGAUGGAUCAGAAGUUACUGAAAGACUUAUUACAGAGACUGUAACCACAAGACUGACAUCCUUGCCACCCAAAGGAGGAAGCAGCAGUGGGCUCAAAACAUCAUCCCACACUGGAGGGAGUGGAGUGGAAAAGCGGUCGUACAGCCAUGGAAGCUAUGUGACCUCAAGUGGAAGUGGUAGAUUGAAUUCAACAUCAUCAUCCUCCAGCUACAGACAAGCCCAGUCUCCCAGUUCUACUCUCACCAAAUCACCUGGCUCAACAUUUGAAAGAAAAACCUAUGUCAACCGCCAUGCAACAUAUGAAGGGAGCUCCAGUGCCAACUCUUCUCCUGAGGUUCCCAGAAAAGAUUUUGCAUCUGCCUCUACAAGAGGGAGAAGCCAAAGUCGAGAGAGUGAAAUACGAGUCCGACUGCAGAGCGCAUCUCCCUCUGGCAGAUGGACAGAGUUGGAUGAUGUGAAACGUUUGCUGAAAGGAAGUCGAUCUACCAGCUGCAGUCCUACUCGGUCACCAUCCAGUACACUCCCAAUACCGAAAAAGGCUGUGGUGGAGACGAAGAUGGUCACUGAGAGCUCUCAGUCAGUGUCGGGGACAUAUGACACAACCAUACUGAAUACUGCCCUCCCUUCAUACAUGUGGUCUUCCACUCUGCCUGCUGGGUCUUCCCUUGGUGGAUACCAUAACAGCUCUUCCUUGAUCAAUGCCAUGUCUCACUCUACAGGAUCAGUUUUUGGUGUUCCAAAUAACCUGGCCCCCAGCAAUCAUACUCUGAAUGCAGGCCUGAGCUCUUCCUCUACAGUAUUUGGAGUCCAAAACAACCUGUCUCCAAGCUCUUCUUCUGCAACCCAGAAUGCUACAGCAGCCUCUACAGGUCAGCAACAAACAUAUGGGAUAAAGAACACUUCUCAGAGCAACACCAUGGCAAGUACUGGUGUGUCUGCUUCAGCAGGAGGAACUGUUUUGAGCUCCCAGGGAGAUGAUGUUCUGCGCAAAGACUGCAAGUUCCUGCUGCUGGAGAAGGAGAAGGCACCAGCAAAGGAGAUGGAGCUCUUGGUCAUGUCAAAGGACACUGGCAAAGUCUUUAAUGCUUCUAACACUGGGCUUAAUGGAGGAUCUUUUGUAGAAGACACCUUGAAGAAAGAGAAGCAGGGAUUUUCCUCCUCUUAUGCUACAGAUACUGGCCUAAAAUCAGAUGCAAAUGGAGGGCUGAAAUCCAUGCCAAAAAGGGACAAGGAAACUUAUGCAGAAAUACGAAGUGGUGAUGCAGGAGGUGCAGUUGGAUCAACACCAUCCUGGUGUCCCUGUGGUUCCUGCUGUAGCUGGUGGAAAUGGCUCCUGGGUUUGCUUCUAGCCUGGUUGUUUCUCCUUGGACUGCUUUUUGGACUCAUUGCUCUGGCUGAAGAAGUGAGAAAGCUGAAAUCUCGUGUGGAAGACCUGGAAAAAAUUAAUGGUGGUCUCCUGGCAUUUAACCAAGGGAAUUCAAAAAUAGAAAAGGAUGUUUCAAGAGUAGACUUUCUUCACGGUAACUCACUCUCCUCCACCUUCCCAUAUGAAAAUGAAGAGUCAGUCUGGUUGAUGGUGAAGAGCAGACUGAAUAAGGAAAUAGAACGAGGCUACUUCCGAGGGGAGAGAGGAGAACGUGGUGAGAAAGGUGACAUGGGAAUACAAGGUCCCAAAGGUGACCGAGGACUUCCUGGUGUCCAAGGCAUUCCUGGUCCAAUUGGGCAUGCAGGACCAGAAGGACCAAAAGGACAGAAGGGAAGCAUGGGUGAGCCUGGCAUGGAAGGUCCCAUGGGACAAAGAGGUAGAGAAGGAAUACCAGGGCCUCGAGGGGAGCCAGGACCACCUGGAUUUGGAGCAAAAGGAGACAGAGGUCCUGUUGGUGAGCCAGGUCCGCCAGGGCCACCUGGACCCCCAGGUUCUGCUGGCCUAAAAGGUCUCAUGGGUUCUCCAGGCCCACAAGGCCCUCCAGGUCCUCCUGGCCUACAAGGAUUUAGAGGUGAAGCAGGACUUCCAGGUGCUAAAGGCGAAAAAGGAGCCAGUGGACCCCCUGGACCCAAAGGUGAUCAGGGUGAGAAGGGUUCUCGUGGAAUGACAGGUGAACAAGGCUCAAGAGGAAUACCUGGACCUCCAGGAGAGCCAGGGGCUAAAGGACCUGUGGGACAAGCUGGUCGUGAUGGACAGCCAGGUGAAAAAGGUGAACCAGGCCUUAUGGGAAUGCCAGGUGCCAGAGGCCCUCCAGGACCCACUGGAGAUGCUGGAGAGCCAGGUCUUACAGGACUCCAAGGACCACCAGGGCUUCCAGGCAACCCCGGCCGACCAGGAGCUAAAGGAGAACCUGGAGCUCCAGGAAAAGUCAUAAGUGCAGAGGGUUCAUCAACUAUUAGUCUGCCAGGCCCACCAGGUCCCCCAGGCCCACCUGGCCCCACUGGUCCCCCAGGUGUUCCAGGUCCUGUUGGACCAGCUGGUCUUCCUGGACAGCAAGGUCCACGGGGUGAGAAAGGAUCUCCAGGUGAAGCUGUGGUAGAAACCAUCAGAACAGAAGUCUCAUCAUUAGCAUCUCAAAUGCUAGGAGAUUUACAAGGGCGAGCAGGACCACCAGGUCCCCCUGGACCACCAGGUGAAUCUGUACAGGGACCCCCUGGACCUCGUGGUCCCCCAGGAGAAGGAUUGCCAGGACCUCCAGGCCCACCGGGGAGACCGGGAUCAUCCAUGUCCACCUCAGAAGCAUUCUUCACAGGCCCACCAGGUCCACCAGGACCACCAGGCCCGAAGGGAGACCAAGGCGAACGAGGUCCACGGGGAUUCACAGGAGAACCGGGUGAUCCUGGUCUUUCAACAUUCUCCUCCCACGGUGAAAGAGUCACCAUACAGGGACCCCCAGGCCCACCUGGCCCACCUGGACCAAAAGGUGAUGCAGGUGUCCCAGGUGCACCUGGCAUCCCGGGAGCAUCUCGAGGUGGAUCCAGACAAAUUCAGGGACCCCCAGGACCUCCUGGGCCACCUGGUCCUCCUGGCCCAAGUGGAGGUUCAUCUCAAGAUAUUCAGCAGUAUGUCACUGACUACCUGAAGAGUGACAACGUCAGACAUUAUUUGACUGGUGCCCAAGGCCCACCAGGCCCUCCAGGCCCACCCGGACUUAUCACCACUGCGGAUGGGGUGACCUUGGAUUAUGCAGAGCUGGCUACCCGUGUCAUGAGCUAUAUGACAAGCUCUUCAGGUCGCUAUGAGUCAUUUUCUAGCUCAGUAUCCAGUACAUCCACUUUGUAUCAAGAACUUCUGGGCCUGCUGCAAAGAGAAGAAAUUCGUCAGUACCUCAUUGGACCCCAGGGCCCACCGGGACCUCCUGGGCCAGGGGGAGAUGGAAUGUCUCUGUCACUGGAUUAUGAUGACCUGACCAGGAGGUUUAUCAACUACUUGUCAAAUUCUGGGAUGAGCAUUGGACUGCCUGGACCACCUGGGCCUCCAGGGUCACCUGGUAUAUCUUACAGUGACCUGACAGCGUACCUGCGAAACUCUGAAUUCAGUGGUGUUGUUGGGCCCCCUGGUCCUGCAGGUCCCCCAGGACCACCAGGGAUCCCUGGAUCACCAGGCACCUCUCUGGAGGACAUUUCUGCCUACCUUCAAAAUGUUGGAUACUCUUCCCUUUCUGGAGUCCGGGGCCCACCUGGCCCUCCUGGCCCUCCAGGACCACCAGGUUUCUCUGGAACCGGCCUCCUGUCCUAUGCUGAUAUCACCAACAGCGACGAAUUCAGGAGCGAGCUGAUCCAGUACCUGAAGAGUGAUGAAAUUCGAAGCUACAUCUCAGGACCCCCUGGCCCCCCUGGGCCACGGGGACCACCAGGACCCAAAGGAGACAGCGGCUUUGUGUCUGAGUCUAUGUCUUCAUCGUACCAAGGGUUACGAGCUUCUGAGCACUUGCAUGGAGGAUCCCUUGGUGCUGAGGACUCCCACGGGGGCUCACUGGGCACAGGCAGUUCCAGAAGCAGCAUGUCCUCUUACCAUGCCUUAGUGGGCAGCAAUGGUGCUUACGAUGCCUCCAUGGGCAUUGAUGGGCUGCUGACAGAGGAAGAAUCACACAGGAGAUCAGCAGGGUCAAGCAGAUCCUACAGCAACUCCUUUACCGGUUCCCUGGAUUACAACGAGCUGGCACUCCGCGUGUCAGAGAGCCUGCAGAGCCGAGGUAUUCUCCAGGACCUGAUGUCUUACACUGCACAGGGCCCUGCAGGUCCCCCAGGCCCUCCUGGUCCCCCUGGCAUCAGCAAGGUCUUUGCAGCCUAUGGCAAUGUCACCGCAGACCUCAUGGACUUCUUUAGAACACAUGGUGCCAUCCAGGGGCCACCCGGUGAAAAGGGGGAGAGGGGUUAUCGAGGACCCAAAGGUGACCCUGGGCCGAUGGGCCCACCAGGACGACAAGGGCACAGGGGACCAAAAGGAGAGAAGGGAGAGAAAGGUGAACAACUGUAUGUUGGCAGAAGAAAAAGAAGUGUUGGUGUUUAAGGGAAAGAGGUAGCUCAGUUCUGCACAGGGCAACACUCCCAGCAGCCUGUAGAGAAUUAGCCUGAGUCUUCACUGCCUUAAUGCUGAAACAUCCUCACUGCUCAUCUGACCCCUUAGAGUUGAUAGUUCAGAUCUGAAUGUCUCUUGUGUGUGUCCAGCAUGGCCCUAGUGUGGGUGUUUGCUUCUGUUACUGAUGUUUGGCUUUGUGUCCCUGAGCUCCCAGGCUGAUGUCCUUGGGCUGACAAAGGCUGCCUGUCUCACAUAGUCCAGGCUUCUUGUACUACUACCACCUAUGUAAAAACCUGUUAUUUUUUUAACUAGACAACUCUGCAGAAAAAGGAAAACAAACAAUCCCAUCCCCACUAAAUGCAUGGUUUGUCAGGGAUCAGAUGCAGCCCACAAAGCUGUGUGAGAAACCCUGGCCUUGCAUUGCCCUGGGAUUCCCUCUCCACAAGCUCUGCUAAUCCUAAGUGGAGCCCAUUUAUAGCAGCUCAGCAAGACAGGACACACACAGGGGCUGAACCAAAGCACUUUUAAAUGUAAUUUGUUUAUCUUUUAAAAAUAUUUUUGUAUUGUUUUCUGUUUUUUAAACACUGGUGAAAAAUAAUCUUUAAGUAAACAUCCCAAUUACAGUGUAUUUUUAACCCCAUCCCUGAACUAUUCAACAUGGCCAUUCUGUGCUUGCAGGUUGUUGUGGGGCAGGGUGAGGCACCUGAGAUGGGUAUGAGGUACAAUGGUAAACACAGUGGCACAACAUUAAAUACUUUUGUUUUCAGUUAUUUUAAACAUUGUAAAUAAUCCCCUUUACUCAAAUGCUUGUACAAAUCCCCCUGUAUUUCAUGCAAAUUUUCUAUCAACAAAACUGAGGCGAUCUCAGCAAACUGUGAUUUUAUUGUAUUUACAGCAGAAUUAUUACAAUAUUCUACAGAAAGCCAUGAAAUCAAAUUACUUUGAAAAACAAGACAAAAAAAAACCCCAAAACUGUUGUAUGACUGCUACUGCAAGUUCACUUCCAUGAGCUGUACAGAGACCCUUAGCCAAUUAUUCAUCCAUCUCAUGAUUUUUGGUUGCUUUCUGUAAGGCAAAAAUAACUUGGUUUGCAGUUAACACAAAACAUUCAACAAACUGCUGGGAGAACACGAGGCCGGCAGUGCCUCAGGCGCGUGUUUGGUCACAGGAUGCUCCUGCUCUUGUGAAGCCUGCUUGGCUUCCUGACAGAAAAUGGGGUGACAGUUCAAUAUUAGAUGCCACUAAAUGUCCCUUCCUAGUUUCUGUUCUUUCCACCAUUUUAGGACUGAUUCUCAUUACCAAAGAGGCUUUACCACCUAAAUGCAAAUGUGGAAGACUUUGUUAAAUCACACCCUGGACUCACCCACUCCCUUCUGCUUUCAGUACAGGGAAAGCACAUGAGCCCUUUCUUGUGGGUUGGGCUUGAGCAUGUUUGUGCUUAAGGGGUUUUCCUCUGGCACCACCGAUUGCCCAAACACCAGAUGUGCAAAUGAGCUACAGAAAAAACAGCACAGGGACUGAGCUGGAAAAAAGGGAUGCAGAACCAGUAAAAGUUCUGUAAAGAAACACGGUAAUUUCCUUUGUCUUCACCUUCCCUUUACCUGUUCUCAUCUUUCUCAAGACUGAGAAAUGAUGGGGCAUCCUAGCCUUGGCUUGCCUGUGAACGAGGAAGGUUAAUUCUCUCUAAUCUUACUUCAACUGCUGUGAAGAUGGUAGAAGUAGUCUGGGAAUGGGAAAUUUGCAUGGACACAUCAAUGCAAGGAAGUUUCAGAAAUCCAGAAGUACAGAUUUUGAUGUAAAAUGACCAGAGUGUAAAUGCUAACAUAACUUACUGACACAGUGAUGGUCCUAAACACUCCCCCCUGCCCUGCCCUUUUCUCCAACAACAAGUCACUGUCCUCAAACUUGCCCCUCUUCACUGCAGCAGAUAAUCCAAGAAGCAGUAGAUCAGUGGAAGCAACUAGCACUGAGUUCAUUUGUACAUUUCAGUUUUCAGCAAAAACGUAUUUCUGAGGUCCUGGGAGCUGCAGCUGCACAACCGCUCUGAAAAUCAGGCUGCCCAAAAGUGGACUUAAGUGCCUGGAGUUAAAGACCUUGAAUCUUUCCUAUACCAAAGCAAGCUUGAAGUACUUGCAAGGCAGAUACUCUUUCAGCUGGAGAAUCAACUUCCUAUGUGAUACUGCUGUCACAAAAGACAUGGUGUGGCAAAAGCAAUUUCAUUGCUGUUUUGCUUAGGUCUUAGUUAAGGUGCUAUAUUUCCAAUUUUUAAGGAAAAGAAUUCAGUAGAAUGGAAUUAUCAUAAAGUCCUCUGGGAUAGAAGAAUAAUUUCUUUAACUGUGUGAUUCAUUAGAUAUUGAAUACACAUAAAUGCAAUUUUAAGAUUAUUAGCUUAAAAGAGUACCUGGAAAAAAGGAUGCAACUCAGACUGAACAUCAGUUUUUAAUGUGAUGUGAAAAAUCCCUCCGAGUGAAUGCUGAUGUCUGGACAGUGCCCCCCUGACACAAGGGAAUUUGAAUUCAGGUGCCAAUUCAAAUAAAGGUUUUCCUUCAA